UGUGUACGUUCACCACUUUCGACUCAGAUCCAACGCCAAUACUUCCUCAAGUUUUGUCCGACCUACUUCACCAUGAACAUAAGAUUAGCCAGGCCUGAAGACCUUUCUGGCAUGCAAGCUGGAAAUCUUGUGAACUUGCCCGAAAACUACUUGAUGAAAUUCUGGAUGUACCACAUUAUAACAUGGCCACAGCUUUCAUUUGUGGCGGAGAAUGACAAGGGUCAUAUCGUAGGUUAUGUGUUGGCAAAAAUCGAUGAAGAAUCGGAAGAAAAAGGCGGCGAAAUGCAUGGCCAUGUCAACUCGAUCUCGGUCUUGAGAUCAUAUAGACGUCUGGGGCUCGCGAAAAGACUGAUGAUGCUAUCCCAGGAUGCGAUGGCCUCAAUAUACAAAGCGAAUUACGUGUCAUUGCACGUUCGCAAGUCGAACAUUGCCGCAAUCGGAUUGUACAGAGAUACUCUGGGCUUUGAAGUUGCGGAGGUGGAGAAGAAGUACUACGGGGAUGGCGAAGAUGCCUAUGUUAUGAAACUUUUCCUCAAGAACCAGUCAUAGGUUUUACCGACUACCAUCCAAUAUCCUUACUUCACUCGUACCGGCAUCGUUCGACAUCGUUAUCCCGUCCUGAGCUAGUAGUCUGAUUACCUGAGAGUUGUAAUCGUCUUGUUUACCUAAGAUCCAGGAUUAAUGACAUUCGUCAAUUCUU